AUGUCGGGUAACCAAGGCAUCUACCUGUACCAAGAAGCCGACCACCAAGUGACGCCGACGCCGCCGCACCUCCUCCAUGCGACGCCGAGCUCAGCGUCAUCGACAAGCAGCGGUGGGAAGCGCACAGCGCCGCACCACGAGCCCCUUGGUAUUCGCACCAACUUUAUGACGCCGGCGCGGCACGAGCUCGGGCCCCACACGCCCGAGUACGAGUUUCCGGACCCGAUCAUGGAAGAGACCGAGAAGCUGCCAAUCGGCAGCAAUUUCGACCCGCGGCUCGGCGCCAACCUCGUGAGCUCGCUCUCGAUCCUCAUUGGCGUUGGCGUUGGUGUUGGCCUUGGGAUUGGGCUGAAAGCGCUCAGCAUCAACAAGGACACGAUGCUGUGGCUCGCGCUGCCGGGCGACCUCUUUGUGCGCGCGCUGCGCUGUCUCAUCGUGCCCAUGGUGUUUUGCACCAUGACGGUCGCGAUCGCCGAAAUUGCCAUUUUGAAAAACACGGCGCUGCUCUCGUGGCGCACGGCCGGCACGUACUUUCUCACAUCGUUUCUCGCGGCCGUGCAAGGGACCCUUGUCGCGAUUACGUAUCACGGACUCGUUGCGCGGCAGGACAAUGCGACGACUUUCAACACGGCAUCGACGGUGCCUAUCAUUGCGCUUCAGUGCGCCAACGGCAAGUACCUCGGGCCGUCGUCCAUCGAUGGCAGCGUCGCGUGCACCGGCGUGAACGCUUCGUCCGCGCAGUUUCAAGUGACGGACGUCAACAACGCGCUCACGAUCUCGACGCCGCUCCAGACGCUCUCGCUGACGCAGCAAGUGAUUGCGAUCAUCGAGAUGGUCGUGCCCGACAACAUUUUCCACGCGCUCGCCGCCGGGUCGCUCCUCUCGAUCAUCAUGUUUGCUCUGCCGCUUGGCAUUGCCGUCGCAAAGUCGCAUGCGGGCGACGCGAGUGCCAACAACCUCCUCAACAUGCUUCGCCAAGCCCGGAACGCACUCUUGAUCCUGAUCCAUAUUGUGCUUCGCUUUACGCCAAUCGCGAUCGUCUUUCUCAUCAGCAGCGCUGUCGUUGCAUACGACACGUCGUCUGCGGGAUUGGCGGCGCACGGCGGGUACCUCCUCCUUGCCUUUGUCGCCGGCGUCGUCUCGCACGUGCUCAUCGUGCUACCGAUCGUGCUCUUCCUCUUUACGCGCAGCAACCCGUACAACUACCUCCGGCAGCUCUUUCCGGCGUACGUCUUCGCGUUUGGGUGUGCCUCCUCGAUGGCGACCCUGCCCGUCGCCGUCACGGUCACGCACCAGACGCGCCUCGUGACGCGCUCGAUGGCGCAGCUCAUUAUGUGUCUCGGGACGCCUAUCAACAUGAACGCCGCGGGUCUGUACCAGCCCAUCAUGACCAUUUUCAUGCUGCACAUGUCGGGGAACGCGUCCGCGCUUGGGACGCCGCAAAUCGUCGUUCUCUUCUUUGUCUCGCUCAUUGGCUCCAUGGGCACGGCGCCUGUCCCGAACGCCGGUCUCGUCAUGCUCAUGACGGUCUGGAAGACGGUGUUUCCGACGAUCGCGCUGCCGUCGGCGUUUGUGUACGUGGUGGCCAUCGACUUUCUUUUUGAUCGGAUUCGGACGGCAGUCAAUGUGAAUGGCAACAUGGUCGUGACGCGGAUUCUAUCGGCGCAGUACGACGACACAAUUUCGCUCGACGGCGCCAGCACUCCCGUCGCUGGAUGGUAG